AUGCACCGCCCCCAUCUACUUUUCCUGGACGCCUAUGACUCCUUUAGCAACAAUAUCAUCAAUCUACUUCAACAAGACCUCAAUGCCACUGUCCAAGUAAUCAAGAUCGAUGACAAGAGAUUCAUCACACGCGAUGAUGCAUGCUUCCAUGCUUUCCUUGGCCGUUUCGACGCCGUAGUCGCUGGUCCUGGCCCUGGCGAUCCUAGGAACCCACACGACUUGGGUCUUAUCGGCAAGCUGUGGAAUCUACCAGAAGCUGUCUGCUUGCCUGUCCUGGGUAUAUGUCUUGGAUUUCAGAGUCUGGCCCUGGCCUUCGGAGGUACAGCUGGUAGACUGUAUCAACCUCGUCAUGGUCUAGUGACCGAGGUCUCUCACCAGGGACAUUCUCUGUUUAAGGAUAUCGGCACUCUUAUGGCCACCCAGUAUCACUCGCUCCAUGCAAAACUUGGUCACACCGUGGACAUGGCGUUCUCAGAGCUGUGGAAACCCAGUCCAAGCUGCUCGGACAUCGUACCCCUUGCGUGGGACCUAUCAGAUGAUCAGAAUGGUCCCAUCUUGAUGGGAAUCAAACACUUGGACAAGCCCUUCUACGGUGUGCAAUACCAUCCAGAGUCUAUCUGCACGAGCUCUGCUGGUGCGCAAAUAAUUCACAAUUGGUGGUCCGAGGCAUUGACUUGGACUAUCGACCGUGCAGCCAAAACUCGGAAGAUAGACAAUCCACCUCCAAUUAUUGACGUGGAUUCACACGAUAUCAAUAGCGAAAGUGGCGAUGACUCGGCAAGCACAUCAUCAUCUCUGUUUGAUGCUGUCAACCCUACAGUCAGGGACACCAAGGCCACAACUCCGGCUGUGACACGGAACUCAUCAAGAGUGGGACGGUUAAGCCCUUCGAGAUCAGUCAGCUGGAAGUGUAUCGACAUGUCCUCUAACACUAUCGACGCGGCUUUGUUGCUUCAAAAUCUGCAAGACAGCGACCAGCAAGCCGUCAUGCUCGAGUCUGGCAGCAAGAGCGGUCAACCUGUGCGACCCGAGACUGGCCGCUUCAGCAUCAUCGGCUGUAUCAUUGAUGCGAAAUCAAUUCGAUACUCUACUGGAAACCGCAUGAUUACCAGCGACCUCUCAGGCUCAGCAACAUCAGGCAUAGGGUCUAUGACAGAUGUCUGGUCUGGAGUAGAGUCUUUCAUGUCUGCAAACAAGGCGCUUGAUGGAAGUGUUGACGUGCCUUUCUGGGGAGGACUUGUUGGUUUCGUAUCUUACGAAGCUGGUUUGGAGACAAUUGAUGUUUCCCAACUGACAAACAAUGAUCGUCCGGAUGUGUGGUUUGUCUUCGUGUCACGCAGCAUUGUUGUUGAUCAUGUUGACAGAAAGGUCUAUGUUCAAAGCUUGGAAGAUAAUGAUGAUUCCUGGUUCGGAAAGGCUGAAAGGGCCGUGAAGGAGCUUAUCGGAAAGCCUAACAUUUCCCAGUGUGGGAAAGACGACGGGUCAAAGUCGUCAAUACCCGCCGUCGCUGCUCCAAAAGAAGCAGAAUACGUGCGAAAGGUCGAGACUUGCCAGGAUCAUAUUCGCGCUGGAGACUCUUACGAACUCUGCUUGACCGACCAGAGCAUCGUGUCGUACAAUGGUAGUUGUCAGCCAAGAUCUUUCGAGCUCUAUCAACGACUACGCACCUUCAAUCCAGCACCCUUUGGUGCUUACCUACGAUUGAAGGAUGAUAAUGAACAAAAGAACGACGGGGUCACCAUCUUAUCUUCUAGCCCAGAACGGUUUUUGUCAUGGUCGCGAGCUGGAAAGUGUCAGUUCAGGCCCAUCAAAGGCACUGUCGAGAAGAAGAAUGGCCUUACGAGAGAAGAUGCAGAGGCAUUGUUGAAUGUGGACAAAGAAAAAGCCGAAAACUUGAUGAUUGUCGAUUUGAUCAGGCACGACUUGCAUGGAGUUGUGGGCUCUGGAAACGUCAGGGUCGAGAAGCUGAUGGCGGUCGAAGAAUAUCAGACCGUCUUUCAGCUUGUGUCGGUCAUUGAGGGACAGUUGCCAGAAGAGUCGAGACAUACCGGCAUUGAUGUGCUAGCGGCUUCUCUUCCUCCAGGGUCCAUGACUGGCGCACCCAAGAAACGAUCGUGCGAACUGUUGACAGAGAUAGAAGAGAAAGCCAGAGGAAUCUACAGCGGUGUGCUUGGAUACUUUGAUGUUGGAGGUGGUGGAGAUUUCUCAGUUGUGAUUCGAACGGCAUUCCAAUGGGACGACGAGGGCGUGUGGCGAGUCGGUGCUGGUGGGGCGGUUACUGUGCUGUCUUCGCCGACGGCUGAGUUUGAAGAGAUGGACCUGAAGAGACAGAGUUGUUUGCCGCUGUUUGGACAUCGUCGGGACUCUGUGAAAUAA